AUGGGGUGUGAGCGGUUUAAUAUCGAACAAUCUCGUUCAUCCAGUCCAGAUUUCAAAGUAGAGAUUUCCAAGAAACCAGGGGCCCUUGCUGACUCUGAGAACAUCACUGCUACCAAUGUCUCUGUCUUCCUUCCACAGAACUCCGGGAAGGGGAAAAGCAGGGAAACACAAAUAGUUAAAGGACUGUCUGAGAUGCUGCCAGGUAUGAAGAGUGAACAGAUAGAAGAUCAGCCAAUCAGCAACACACAAAGAUAUUUGUUGAAAGAGAAGCUCGAUCAGCUUCAGUGUCACUUCACGUGGGGCCCUCAGAAGGGAACCAUCGACUUGGAAGAUGUGAUGUACAAAUUCAACACUCCGGGAGAUUUAUUGAAAGAGAAGCUCGAUCAGCUGCAGUGUCACUUCACAUGGAGGCCACAGAAGGAAACUAUUGACUUGGACGAUCUGAUGCUCAAAUUGCAAGAUUCUCUGACAUUGGGUGUAAAAUAUCAAGCCGUCUCGUAUAACCAUCUUGCUUUUGUAAACUGUCUGCAGGGUAAUUUUGAAGAAGCCAUUGAAAACUUAAAGGAAGCUGAAAAGAUUCUGAGGGAGGAGUACAAAGUUGAAUUUGAAAGAAGGAGCAUCAUCACCUAUGGAAACUUUGCCUGGGUGCAUUACCACAUGGGACAACUGACCGAGGCCCAGUCCUAUCUCGACAAGCUGGAGAUGAUCUGUAAACUGCUCAGUGAUGGCCCUCGCUAUACAGCAAUGAUACCCGAGUUGUACGGGGAGAAGGGACUGUCAUUGUUGAGUUCUGCUGCUGAAUACUAUGAGGAGGCAAAGGAAUGCUUUGCAAAGGCUCGAGAGCAAGAUCCUGACAACACUGAGUGGAUAAUGGGAUAUGCGAUCGCACUGUAUCGGCUGGAGGUAUUUUCUAGAACCCCAGAGAGUCGUGAUCAGAGACAGUCAGUGAAGUAUUUCCGACGAGUACUGGACCUUGAUCCAGAUGAUACUGUGGCCAUGGUGCUGUUGGCUCUAAAACUGCAGGGGUUAGGGCAAAAUGAGGAAGCAAAUGAAUUAGUUGAACAAGCAUUGAAGAAAAGUUCUGAUCUUCCAUAUAUGCUUUGCUAUGCUGCAAUAUAUUAUAGAGAAAGAGGUUCUGUGGAGAAAACAAUUGAGCUCUUCAAAAAAGCAUUAGAAUUAACUCCAAACUCUUAUUUCAUACACCACCAACUUGGAUUGUGCUACAGAAGUAAGCUGGAAUACUCUUGUAGCAGAUAUCCUCGCAAUCUUGAAUUUCAUCAGAAAGCUGAGUUGAUCAAUCUGUGCAAGUAUCACUUUGAAAAGUCUUUUGAGCACCGUCGAAGGUUAGCUAUUCAACCACAGCUGGACUUUGCACAGAUCUGCAUAACAAAUAGGGAAUAUUCCAGAGCAGAGGAGACUUACCGUAGAUUGCUGGAGUUAGUGGACAUUCGUCCAGAGAAUAUGCAGCGUAUAUGUCUGGAAGCUGGGUUAUUUGAACUGCACCAGAAAAGAUCUGAAACAAAUGCUGUUCGCCUCUUCCUGAAAGGAGUGAAAAUUGAAUAUAACUCAAGAGAACGGGAAGAAUGUCGCAUAUAUUUGCAGAAGUGGGCAGAUAGGAAACUUAGAAUAAAUGCACAUGACAGCAAGGCUCUUGGUAUUAAAGCAAUUCUGUAUCAGUUGAAAGGAAUCAAGGAUAAAGCAACUGAAUACUUCGAGAAAGCCUUGAAGUUUGAUCCUGACAAUGAGGAAUAUGUGAGUGCUCUUUCUCAAUUAACAUCUGAGCACCACUGGGAUAUUUAA